GUGGUCGCGGUGCAGAAACACCACCUGGUCCAGGACAAGUUCGAGGGCGCACGGGUCGCCAUCGCGGUGCCCAAGCACCUAGGCGCUUCUUAUUUGCAGGACUGCGAGUCUUGCGACAUCGCCCCCAAGGAGGCGCCAGGUAGAGCGGCCGCCGUGUGGAUCGCAGCAGGCCGAAGAGCACUAUACGUGUCGAUCUACCUCUGGGCGGGUGAAGGCAUGAGCUUCCGCAGCCAGAAGUUGCUUGUAGAAGUCAUGCGUUACUUGGUCACCUCGGGCCUGCCGUGGAUCUUGGCAGGCGACUUCCAGCGGGCGCCGAAGGUCUUUGGCGAGGAGGUGAACCUUCAGAUCGCCGAGGGCGCCCUCGUCGCGCCAACCUCGGACCUGGGCGCUUGCAGGGGCUCCUGGGGCAACAGCGGCGCCAUCGACUACAUCAUCGUGUGCAAGCAGUUGGCGAGCGGGGUACAGUCUGUCUGGAUGCAGGAGGAACGGCCGUCGGCGCCGCAUAAGCCAGUGGAGCUCCGUCUGAGCCUCCGCGUGGUGGUGCAGUAUGUGCGCGUGCUGGUGCGGCCUCAGAGGCUGGAUGGCCAGUCGGUGGUGCGCGCCCCGCAGCCGCCGGAGUACGAGGCAGUUAAGCCUUUCACCAGCCAGGCCGUGGCCACCGCGGAGUACGCCAGGGUGGUUACAUCCACCGAGAAGGAGGCAUUUGCCCUGAUGGGGCCUGGAAUGGCAUGCCGACGAUCCGCGAGCGGGGAGAGGUACCGCGCCUCGUUGGCGCCUGCAGGAGGCCCGUUAGCCGCUGCAGCGCAGUCGCUCGAGGAGUGCUGUGAGGUAUGGCAGGUCGCCAGCUCCAAACAGCUGUUGCCACGCCCUUGGCUCAUUUGCGAGCGUCCGCCUAUGGAGCUCAGCCGCCUCAAGGAGGUAAUCCGGGGCUUCGAGCCCACCGCCCGCAUCGGGGUGGACAGGUGGCGCCCCGGAAUGCUGAGAGGGGUGUCAAACGAGGGCCUGCAGCAUAUUCUCGACAUCUCGCACAGGGUGGAAAGAACGCUGAUCUGGCCAGAGCAGACCUCCACCAUCCUGUAUAUACUCAUCCCCAAGACCUUCAAGAAUGACAGGUGGGCGGGCCCUCCGAGCACGCAGCCUGGGAGGUUGCUGGCGCGCGAGGGCGGGGGCGACCGCGACGUGGGCCCUGAAGCCCUGGCCGCCGCCACCGCCAUCUUGGAUUUGGUCAAGGCCUUCGAGAGGGUCAGCCUCCACAUCCUGUGUGAGCAGGGCGUCGAACAUGCUUUCCCGCUGGAAUUGCUGGCCGUGGUGGUGUCGUACUUCUCCAUGGCGAUGCGGCUGCAGGUGCGGGGCCCCCUCAGCGAGGCCGUCGGCACCGUCGCGGCGAUCAUCGCGGGCAACAAGUUUUCGGUGGCGCUGUUCGAGCUCAUUAUGACCAGCGCUAUGGACAGCCUUGUGCUGCGCUGCCCGCUGGCCAAGUGGCGGGUGGCGCCUGCGGUGUUGGACAAGUGCACCGAGGACUUCGGCCAGAUCGAACUUGCCCUCUCCCUCGGGGCCAAGGGCGUGGCGGCGCAGCUCGGCGGCGCGGCCUGGCUUAGGAAGGCGCUCGAAG